CGAUGAUAUCGGCUCUCCGCUGGCGCUGCCUGCGGCGGCGGAUGGGUAAGGCGGGGCGUGGCCGGGCGGAAGCGGCGGCGGGCCCCUAUCGUGACAGGGCGGCCCGCGCGCUGUCGGGUGCGGCGGGUGGAGGCCGGGUUCGGGGAGGGCAGAUGGCCUGCUGAGCGCCUGUCAGGCUGCCGCCUGCCUCGGCUGCGACGGAGUCCUCUGGCAGCGCCUCUCCUCUGCGCAGGCCGUGCUGCUGCGCAGCCAUCCCUCGUUCCGACUUGUGCCCAUUGCAUUUCAUCUGCUGCUGUUGAAAGCUUGUAAAAACAUCUCCUUGGAAUGCUUACGCUAUAUAUGCUCUCUGAAAUUGAGGCAGAAGAAAAAAGGUCAUCUGUCUUAGCUGUACUCUACCAAAUUUCCAGGUUUGACGUAAACAACACUACAGAAAGAAAAUGACCCACUGGUUUCAUCGCAACCCUCUGAAGGCUACAGCUCCCGUUUCAUUCAAUUUUUAUGGGGUAGCUACCACUCCAGCUGCAACAAAGGUCUGCAAUGAUUUGAGGUUAUCUCGAGCACGACUAUUGGAGCUGUUUACAGACCCGAGCUGUAAUCCAGAAAUGAUGAAGAAUGCAACUGACUUGUACUUCUCACUCUUGCAAGGUUUCAUCCUUUCACUGGAUGACUCUUCCCAAGAGUGCAAGUUGAGGUAUAUUCAGAAUUUCAAGUGGACAGACACAUUACAAGGACAUGUUCCAACUGCCCAGCAGGAUGCGGUGUUUGAACUGGUUUCCAUGGGAUUUAAUGUAGCUCUGUGGUACACAAAAUAUGCAUCAAGACUCGCUGGAAAAGAAGAUAUAACAGAAGAUGAAGCAAAAGAUGUUCACAGAAGCCUGAAGAUAGCAGCUGGGAUUUUUAAACACUUGAAGGAAAGUCAUAUUCCAAAAUUGAUUACACCUGUAGAAAAGGGAAGAGAUCUAGAAGCUCGACUUAUAGACUCUUACAUCAUACAGUGCCAAGCUGAAGCUCAAGAAGUGACAAUUGCUCGGGCUAUUGAGCUGAAACACAAUCCAGGACUAAUAGCUGCUCUUGCUUAUGAAACAGCUAACUUCUACCAAAAAGCUGAUCAAACGUUAUCCAGUUUGGAUCCAGCCUAUGCAGGUAAAUGGAGGAAGUACUUAAACUUGAAGACCUGUUUCUAUAUGGCCUAUGCAUACUGUUACCAUGGUCAGACUUUACUGGCAAGUGAUAAAUGUGGGGAAGCAAUCAGAUCUCUGCAGGAAUCAGAAAAAUUUUUUGCCAAGGCUGAAACAUUGUGCAAAGAAUAUGGAGAAACCAAAGGGCCCGGGACUACUGCCAAACCUUCUGGACAUCUCUUCUUUAGGAAAUUAGGAAGUUUGAUUAAGAACACACUAGAAAAAUGCCAGAGAGAGAAUGGAUUCAUAUAUUUUCAGAAAGUGCCAGCGGAAGCUCCCCAGCUGGAGCUGAAAGCAAACUAUGGCUUAGUAGAGCCUGUUCCUUUUGAAUUUCCCACCCUGAACGCCCACUGGACUCCUGAAACACUUGCGGCAUUUGAUCUCACCAAGAGGCCAAAGGAUGACACUGCUAAACCAAAACCAGAUGAAGAAGUAAAACCUCUGAAGGAACCAGAUAUAAAGCCUCAAAAAGACAGUGGAUGCCAGAUUUCUUAAGUGCCACAAGUGCUUUGAAUUCACUUUAAAACUGUAUUAAUUGGACUCGGGGGCUUUAGUUCUGAUCUCCCUUUUUCUGACGAUCUUUCUCUAAUUUAGAAGACUAAUUGAAUUUACUUUUAAUAGUGUUUGUCUAUCUUGCUUGAGAACAUGGUGGAUUUCCAGGAGUUUAUUUAUAAUCUGACUUUUUUUUUUGUUUUAGUGGAAUAUCUUAGAAGGUGUGGGCUUAAAUGUUCCUAUUGUGCCUCUAGAGAGUUUCUUUUUGUGGGUUCAGUGUCUACCCACAAACAGCAAAGGAAGUAUCAGGAUUGUAACACUUGAGGAUUUUUGCAUUAAAUUAUAUGCUAUAUAAUGCCAAAUUCUGCAAACAAAAGUUUGCAGGAAUGGUUAUAUUUAUUCAAGUUUUGUCAUUCAGGCUUAACACCCUUGUCAUGUUCUGAUUCACUUAAUUACAGUGAGCGAAGAGAAUCUGAGUUUUGUUUGUAACACCCCUAUGGUAUUUCACAGAACUUUCACAGAACUUGGAAAACCUUAAGUUCUGCAUGACUGGGGCACAAUUUAUAUUCUUCUGAAACAAUUAGCUUCUGUUCUUUCCUCUAUAGAUCAGGGCUUUUCUAUCAGAAUUUGUAGUAAGGUACUCUAGCUUUUCUGUCCUUCAGUCAAAAUCCUUUAAUAUCAAAGCGUGUGUGAAAGUGAUGCAGCAAGUAAUGUGAAAGUGCUUAGACGUAAUGCACCACGGUGUCAUUCAUUCAAAGUUUUUGAAUCUUGAAAGAUCUGAUAAGUUUGAAAGCUGCAGAUGGUUAAAAUCUCCUGGCACUAGAAGAGCUCCUCAUUUGAAUUCGUGAGGUUGUCAUGCAGAAGGUAAUGGAAUUGUAACUAAAAUGCUGUGUUUCAGGGUAGUGUCUAUAAGAAGCCGUUGGGAGAACAGGGAGGGAAGAUGAGCUGGAGAGCUGAUGGCACAACUGGGAAACCUAGAUUUCCUUUAUGCCAUACGUAAACAGUGCUAAUUCUCAGCUUUUGCAGUACUGCACUGAAAUCAGCUCCUUAAGAAGAGAACUUGCCAAAAGCCAAGCCCAGUCAAGACUGAGAAAGCAAGUAUUUUGGAGAACUCGCUUCUUCCAUUUCUGCAUACUGUGGAAAAUGUGGUAACAUUCUUUAGUGCUGAGGAGUCCAAAACACCCAUGUCAACAAAAACAUAGCUUUCUGAUUUGCUGCAAAUGCAAAAGAAUAUGAUGCAUGUGUUGAAGCGAGGGCCUUGCAAUCUCUGGGUACCAGUUGGUGCACUUCACUUAACCUGUGAAAGAAACUGGGUAGCCUGAAAAUGUUCCCCUUUCAACAAAACAUGAUGGCAUAUGCACUUAUAUACUGUAAACACAUUCCUUACUUUGUACUGUUUGGAUCUGUUCAUCUUCUGCUGUGGUGUAAUUCAGUGCUUCUGUUUGAAAUCUUGCAUGGCACUUAGAGUAACUUAGAGGGCAGGUGUGUAGCUCCUUGAAGGCCUGUGGAACAAAAGCUGUUGAGGAGGCUAAUAGGAAACUCGAGGCUCUUCCUAAGAUACUGGACCAAAGUACAGAAUUCAUCGCUGCAAAAGGCAAAGAGGAUCCUUCUGUUGGCUGUCAUGGGUGAAUCAAAUGCAGAACUCAUUGCUUCUGGUGAUGGAUUUUGCUUUCAGCCAGCUCUGAACACAAAAAUAAGUGUAAAAUCAGCUGCAUUGCUUUGGAAGAAGUUUCUGUUCUGCAAGGGCAUAGGUGGAUAGGGAAUAAUAAUUAUCAAGAAGAAUUUCUAUCUAAAAUCGGUCUCUUUCUUCUGGUGCUGCACAGGGGCCUGGGGUAUGUUUUAUGAAGAGUUACUCAGAUCUGUUCGUAACUUGGUCAGCUGACUUGUUAAGCUUCUUGCAUUAUUAAAAGACCAGCUUAGGUUUUGCCAGAAUGGAGUGUGGAGCUACUUUGCCUAUGCAGAUUUUAAUUAUCCUAAAAACUUAUUAUAGCUGUAGUCACCUACAUUUGCUUAGCCUGCCUCCUUUAAGGAUCGAGAUGCAGCACGCUCAGUUUCAUAAUCAUGAUUUCUUAAUUACUCAUUGUUUUUCAGAUGCCCGUGUGCAUUAAUACAUACAUGUCUCAAACUAAUUCAUUUUUCUUCUGUGCAGACUAGAUUCCAUUUUCCCUCCUCCCUUCAUUUUCCUAAUGAAGGAACCUUGUUUGGAACAGACAGAAGGAACAGACCUAACCUUGUUUGCUAAGGCACAUAUAGGUGCUGGGACUGAUUUCCAGUGAGGCUUUUGCCCAUGGCUGUAUUUCAGUAUAUGAAUAUCUUAAAAUGAACUGAUCAUGACUAAGUCAUUCCCAAACAACGUCUUAGGAAAGAUUAUUUUAGGGACUUGCAAUUUUUAAUUCUUUGGACGCUUUCUCAAACCAAGUGGUUUGUUUGAAUCAAGUUCACUGUAAAUAGUUUGGGGCAUAACCAAGUGGAUUGUGUCAGAUUAUGGCAUUACUUAAGCCUAGCUGUGUAACCUCUUAUGCCAUAGCUGUUUCAGUAAAUAUGAUGUAGUAGUUUAAAAAUAGACUAAUGGAACAAACUAAUUCACUUAACAUGUGUUGCUUUUCAAGACAUACUUUGUUUACUCUUGGUUAAAAUCCUGUGGCAAACAUUGGAUAGUUUUGCCCAAAAAUAAGAAACUGGAAACUGUUUAGUUUGCAAAUUAUAGAGAUCUGUGAGUCAACCAGCAGUUUUGUCUCUGGUUUUGUUGGGUGGAAGCCAGAAUUAUUGUAAAUAAUAUGUAGAUUAACUGUCCAAUAUGCUUAAGAAUGUGGGUGAAUUGACUGGGAGUUUCAGUUAAUCUGGAAACCUAGCAGCCACCUUCCUUCUAUUAUGAUUUCCUUUAGUAAUUUUUAAGAAUUAGGUAUUUUGAAUGGUGACUUUUUAAUACUCUAAUGCUGCAAGAGCCUGUUUUUGUGGCCUCUCUCUGGUUUUAGAGGCUCUUAUGGCUAAACCUGCAAGUCUUGUUGGUGUAAAUAGUCUUUAAAAAUUUGUGCCCAGUCUGAACUAGGACAAAACUGCAGCUAAAUAAAAUAUGGAGUGCCGGGCCCUCUAUUUUGUGCUUUUAAAAAUGCAGUGAUUGUCUUUAAUCUAUAAAAAAAAAAAAACAUUAAGCUCUU